GGCCAUCUGAAGCCAUGAGAGGUAUAGUACACAGUGCACAGUCUGUUGCCCUCCAACCAGCGGCCCAGGCUCCGCCAAUCAGAGUCCACCUUGUUGUCCGGAUUGCCCCUCCCCCCUCCUACGCUCAGGUUUGGCAGUAUGGUGUCAGAAGAGGGUCAUGAAGCAUAAAUCCUGAGGUAACUGGAGCCGCAGGCUUUUGCAGCGUGGGCCAGGGUCGCGGUGCCCUCACUGCUGUAAGCGUCCGUGUCUUAGUCCGUUGCGAAGCAGAGAGAGUCGUGGGAGCGGAGCUCCUAAUCAUAGAAUAAUCUGCCUGCUGGCCAACGGGGUGGCCCGUGCGGCUGAGGGGCUGCGGCCCCGGCGGCGGUGGUAGAGGUGGUGGUAUUGAUAGGGAUAGUGUUAGCGGUAGAAUUACUGGUAGAGGUAAAGUUAGUAGUAGAGGUAGCGAAGGAGAAGGAGGCUGUGGCGGCGGCGGGGGGCUCCGCUGCUUGCUGCUCGGGAGCGGGCAGAAGGGAACCGGGAAGCUUGUAGCCAGGAGUUCUCCUUCUGGCCCGGGGAUCCCUUGACCGCGUGGAGGAAGAGAAGAAAGAGAGGCAGCAGCAGGAGGCCGGGUCGCAGUGCCGCGAGAGAGCGAGAGACGGAGCAGGAAGAUGCUGCUGUCCCUGGUGCUCCACACGUACUCCAUGCGCUAUGUCCUCCCAGCUGCUGUCAUGCUGGGUACGGCCCCCACUUAUAUACUGGCGUGGCUGGGCUGGCGUCUUUUCUCCUUCUUCCUACCCGGAACACGCCUUUACCGGGAGGUGGAUGAUCGUUUCUACACCAUCUACCAGAGCAUGGUGCUCUUCUUCUUCGAAAACUACACUGGCGUCCAGGUAAAACUAUAUGGAGAUUUGCCAAAACAUAAAGAAAAUAUAAUAUACUUAUCAAAUCAUCAGUGCACAGUUGACUGGAUUAUUGCUGACAUUUUGGCAGUCAGGCAGAAUGCUCUUGGACAUGUACGAUAUGUUCUGAAAAAUGGCUUAAAAUGGCUUCCAUUGUAUGGGUGGUAUUUUUCUCAGCAUGGAGGAAUUUAUGUAAAACGAAGUUCCCGUUUUAAUGAAAUGGAAAUGAGAAACAAGCUAGAGAACCAGAUGGAUUCAGACACUCCAAUGUAUCUUGUGAUUUUCCCAGAGGGAACAAGGUACAAUCCGGAGCUAACAAAAGUUAUUUCAGCUAGUCAAAUAUAUGCUGCUGAACAAGGCCUUCCAGUGUUAAAACAUGUCUUGACGCCAAGAAUAAAGGCAACAUAUGUUGCCUUUGACUGUAUGAAGAAUUACUUAGAUGCAAUUUAUGAUGUUACAGUAGCUUACGAAGGUACUGUAGAUCAAAUGGGAAAGAGAAAAGAAGCUCCUUCUAUGGCCGAAUUUCUAUGCAAAGAAUGUCCAAAAGUUCACAUUCACGUUGAUCGCAUAGACAAAAAAGAUGUCCCAGAAGACCUGUCAUCAAUGAGAAGAUGGCUUCAUGACCGCUUUGAAAUAAAAGAUAAGUUGAUGAGAGAGUUCUAUGAUUCAUCAGAUCCUCAAAACAGAAACAAGUUUCCAGGGAAAUGUGUUGAUUCCAAACUAAGCCUCAAGAAAACUUUACCAUCUUUACUAUUCUUAGGUGGUCUGACUGCUAGUAUGCUCAUGACAGAAGCUGGAAGGAAAUUGUAUGUGAAAACUUGGAUAUAUGGAACCGUAAUUGGCUGCCUGUUGGUUAGUUUUAAAGUGUAAGCAAAUGCUGUCUUCAAUCAGUGGAAUGUGCUAACCUAUCUUUUGAGAAGCAGCUGCACGUUAACCAAACUGUUUCCUGAAUUUUAAGGAAGUGUAAAUAAAGCCUUAUUGAUUGGACAUUGGGUAAAUUACAGUUUGUGACUUCAGCCCAUUUUUGGUUGGUCUUGAAUUAGCAUUCUUAAUUUUACAAGUUUAUUCCUGAAUUUGCUGUAAAAUGAUGAGAUAAACUGAGUUAUGUUUAUGCAUUGUAUUCCCCAUGAAUUAGUGUCUGUCUUGGAUGAACUGCAGAAGAUGAAUUGAAGUGUACAGCUUGUUAUUUUUUAUGUAAUUUAAAUGGAUCAUUGAAUAUGUUACUGGAUUAUUAAUUUGCAAGACAUUCUUCCACUUUUUUUUGUUAUUUCAGGGCUUUUUCCAUAACUUGUGAUCAGAUGCUAAUCAUAGUUAACAAAGUUAAUGUUUUGUAGCUAUGUGACUUUUUUCAUGCUUUGUUUCUCCACUGCAGUCUAAGAAAUUAGUACCUAGAUUAUGAAGUGUUAUAAAGAAACAUGUAAGAAAUGUUUAUGGGAAAGAAGCUUUAUUUAUCUAAUAGUCUUUUCAUUAUUGCAUUAUUAACUGAUUUAACUACUUGCAUUUGCAAAACAUUUUAACUAUCUAAUUUUUAAUCAAAGCAGCAUAAUUUGCACACCUUCUACUGUGCACAACAGAAUGUAUAAAGUAUAAUAAAAAUUAAGUCUAAGCUAAAAUUGGGAUAACCAAAUUUUAGGAGAGCUUUUAAAAAUUUUGUUCAAUUUAAUAAAGAUUUCAGUUAAGCUAACUAGAACAUAUGUGCCAUAAAUAGUAGAUCAUUUAAGUUUUCUGUUACUUCAUAAUUAUCUGAAUAAUCAGUGUGAAUUAUAUGUUUAUUCUGUUACUCUUAGUGGGUCAAGAGUAUAUUUGAGGUAACAAAGCAUUCAAAUGUUUCUACUAACCUUAUAAGAAUGUGCCUUUUGCCUACUAGAUUUUUAACUUGAUAUUUAGUAAAAGAAUUUUUUUUAAUUUUCUUGUAUAAUUCCAUUGUAUUUUACCAGUCUUCAUUUGGAUUGGAGGUUAUGGUGUUAAUAUGUAUGGUUUACACAGUAGGCUAUUGGUGAAAGAAAUUCAUAGCCAGCCAGUAUUUGUCCUACUUAAAAUUGAACCCUUUGUAUGUAGGUUCUCACUGCUACUGCCAAUGCCCUUUGCAGUUGUCUCACGUCAAGAAAUUCUUGUUCCUAGAGGCAAUGUGACAUUUAUUUCAUCAAGUAAGAUUGAGAGAAUGAUCUUUUUUUUUUUUUUUUCAAAUUUUGUUGGAAAACCUUGAGCUGGCCGCAAAUACAAGAUUAACAUAUCUUCCCUUGAUUCUUUGAGCUUGCUUCUAUAGUUCCCUUCUGCUUUAAUGAGGUCUUUGUGACUCACUGAAUCAAAUUAAGAAAUUGCUUUUUGGCAAGAAUCAUUAAACGUGUCAACUGAAGAACAAGCUAUAGCUUGAAAUAAAUGUUUUUAUUUUUAUCAUUUUUAGUAGCCUUAUAGAUUUGCAAUUCUAGAUUUAGAUUUGUUGAUAGUGAAUUUUUGUUCUUAGAUUUACAAUGUCAGUGAUUAAGGCAAGAGAGAUAUCAAUUAAAUCAUGAUGAAUCAUGGAAAACAAUUACAGGGGAUAAUAUUUAAUAUAAUACAAUAUAGUCUGCUUCUCUGAAACCAGAGUGAGUAAACUAUUUUAAGUAACAAGUUUGGAGACUCAAGUGUGGCAAACAUAAGCAGCAUAAAAUUGUUUUAAUUUUGAACAGGACAUAGGCAAGCCCUUUGUGUGGUGUUCUGAUGCCAAACUAUUUUAAACUAAAUUUCACAUGAAAUUUAGAACAAAUUUUUAAUUUUGUUGUCUUUGGAAUAUCUUUGGAAAUGCUUUUAAAGAUACGCAAAUACAGACACAGAAAGACAAAUGCAUAUAUGUACCCACACGCACCACCAUCACUACUGGUUAAAGUUAGAAAUAAAAUCAAUCUCCAUAAUUAUGAUACUUUAUUUUUACCUAAUAACUGGAUAUCCAGUUGGUAUGUACUAUAGAUAAAAUGUAAAGUGCAUAAUUAUUUAAAUUAUGUUCAUCUGUAAUGAUACAAAAUAGCUGUGCGAUAGAAUCAAAUCUUGCUUCUGACUACAUUGACAUACUUUUUCUCACACGCUGAAAAGCUUAAUAAAAUAAUUGUUUUGUAAAUUAAUUUGCAUAUGUAUCAAAAUGUCUGGAAAAUUAGUUACUCGUAACAUGCACUGAUAUUAACUUGAAUUUUUUCCAAACUAAAAUCAAGGGCCCCCAUGCACAUAACUUUUUAUUUUUACUUUUAGUAAAAUGUUCUCAUAAAAUUUCCUUUUAAACUUUUGUUUGUAUCACUAUUAUUUACAUUUGAAUUAUUGUUUAGUUAUUCUUUACAAAAUACAAUCACUGUGCAUGCAUUUUUUGCUUUUCAGUAAAAGGUUUUAUGUGAAUGAAAGUCAGCCAAAUAAAAACUUUCUUUGUCUCUUA